AUGAGUUCGGAUGCGGCCACAACCGCACAGGAAGUGACCGAAGAUAGCCAGUUGAAUGAUGAUGAAGCACUGACUGGAAAAGAACUCAUGGAACAAGUUAAUGACGUAUAUGCUACACCGAUUGCCGAACAUUUCCCUAUUGAAAUCGAAAAUCCAUCAGCGACAACAAUGUCUGUCAGUAUUUCAAACGAUAUUACAAUAUCCUCAAAAAUAUCAACACAAGUCGAAGAAUUUCCGGUGACAAAUAGCCCACUGAGAGUUCCGUUAGUGCCACCACGGCAUAGAAAACGUCGCGUUACGGAAUUGAAAUGUUCUGAAGUUAGGUGGUUUCACCGAAAAAGCGGAACGGAAACGAAAUGGACUGCUUUUAAAGGAGUAGAUUCAUUAUUGUUGGAAGUGUACUGGCGGCAGCAAAUGCAAAUUGAUUUGGAUCAAAAUACCGAAUCCUACCUGCAAACAUUGAAAUUGUCUACAUCAGUUGUGGUAUUAGACGGAUUAUAUCGAGCCUCCGAAGACCUCACUAUGUUAAAUUCCAUUUAUUGGAAAGAUGACACCAUCGAAAUUCGUCGGGGCACAUGGUUUCUAGCAGAAAAUUUGCAGCCAAUUGAUCCUAGUAUGGCUGAUCCCAUUGAGUCGCAUCAUUUACAUAUUUUUCGCUCUCAGACAAUCCCUGACGCCCCAGUUUUUUCAGACAAAGAAUCAAGCAAAAAACCAAUUCUUGCGGAACUCAAACUGCAGGAUCAAUAUGAAGUGCGGUGGAAUUCUGUUAUUGAUAUCACGUUGUAUAACAAUUCCAAAACAAGUCGACUGCUGCGUUACAUAACUUGGGGUAAAGGAACUCCUCUAAAACGUGGAUAUGAAGAAGCAGAAUGGGAUGACGGUAAACGAAUCAUUAAACAUUUGAUUUUGGUUGUUCACGGGAUUGGUCAGAAAGGAUAUGAAAAUCUAAUUGCAAAAAAUACUGAUCAGGUUCGUGAGGCCAUAUACAAUUGCAUGGAUAAACAUUAUCCGGAUGAGAAAAGUCGUCCAAUGGUUUUACCAGUGGAAUGGCGAGCAGCUUUAAUUUUAGAUGGUGGUAUUACCGAUUAUGUCACUUUGCCAAAGAUGUCCUCAAUGCGUAAUACUUUAAAUUCGACAGCAAUGGAUAUUAUGUAUUAUCAGUCUCCGCUGUAUCGAAAUGAAAUCAUGGAGGGUUUGAUACGGUCACUAAAUAAUGUCUACAGUUUGUUUAUGGAAAAUCAUCCUGAUUUUGAUGGACCGAUCUCAGUUUAUGCUCACUCGCUUGGUUCUGUUAUGUGCUAUGAUCUGCUGACUUGUUGGUCUCCUCUUGUUUUGUAUGACAAAUAUGUGGCUGAAAUGAUUGAGCAGCAAUUGGCAAUGAAGGCAGAACAUGCUGAAAUACUAAAUGACUUCCAAGAAGCGCGGCUUUUGAAACUUUAUGGUGGGUUUCAGCUGGCUUUUAUAACGCAAAAACAAAAAUUGAAGUUUAAGGUUAGAAAUAUGUUUUGUGUUGGAUCGCCUCUCGCUGUUUUCUUAAUUAUGAGAGGUUCAACAACAUUUCUUCCUGAAACUGAUACUCUGAAGAGAGUAUACAACAUUUUUCAUCCAUACGAUCCAGUGGCAUAUCGAUUGGAACCAUUGGUGCACAAACAGUAUCGUUUAAUUCGACCUAUUAAAUUAUUUAGUUCAAUUGAUCUGCGAUCAUUGCGAGAUUAUGCUCUACUUCCGCCAGAAAUCAACAAAGCUUACAUCAAAAAGAUAAAAAUAAAGGAAAAAGUUGGAAAAGAAAAAGAUGCUCGGGUAGCAGUUGCUGGUGAUAAAGAUCACGAAGAUAUUGAGGAAGAGGAUGAAUGUGAAAGCGAUGAUUCGUCGGCUUUGCGACCGAGCAGUCCAGGUUCGUCACCACGAAGUUUAACGCCUCCACCAUCAGAAACAGGUGAUAAUAAGAAGAGUUGGUGGAAAUUCGGAAGCAACCGAAAGGAAAAAGAAGCUAGCGAGGGAGUUUUUGAAGAAGUUAAAUUGAAUGAAGCUCAGAAGUUGGUAGAAGAAAUUCCUUCAGAAGAAAGGUUGCCGUAUCGUAUGGAUUAUCAAAUACAGCCGCAAAUUACUGAUCGUAGUUACUGGUCUGUAUUAAAAAGCCAUUUUACUUAUUGGGCUAAUCCCGAUAUUGCGGCGUUCAUCGUCAACUGUUUAUAUCGAGAAGACAAAAAAGCAAAGUGA